AAUGUUGUAAUUUUUCAGGUUAUGUUCAUAACAGCCAAAUACCUGAUUUAUCAGUGGUUGCUAUUUUUGGCCUGUCCGGUAAAGUCGCUACGUGUAUCUUCAUAAAAGAAACGGUUGAGGUUAUGUCGUGUUGUCAGGAGCAGUUUGCCUAUGCAGUGAUUUCCGUCAUGUAUUUCGUGACUGACGGGAAAAGGCGGACAGUGAAGUUCUAACAUUCGCUAUGUUAGUGCGGUUAUGUUGACUUAAGUGUUAUAAUGUUCGUGAUGUUAAUUUGCUGUGAUCUGAUGUAGACAUAGAGCGGCGCCAGAUUGUAGUGCUAACACUGUAGAACUGAAGCCAUGGACCAGGACCCACCUAUGUGGACAAAAAAAGAGGAAACAGAUGAAGUAAAAACUGAGUUACACUCCAUGGCCAACAAAAUUUUCCAAUACUCAGUUUUAACAACCAGAGGCAACAUCUGCCCAGUGAGAGCUCGACAUUGGGAGGAUGGAUGCAAACAAGGUGCCGGCCGCUGGUGGCCGAGCGGUUCUGGUGCUACAGUCUGGAACCGCGCGACCGCUACAGUCGCAGGCUCAGAUUUACCCAUCCAGCAUGAGGAGGGUGUGAAUAAAGAGUUUCUUGAAGACACAUUAAAGACUGAAGGACCUAGUGUUUCGGUAAAGCAAGAUCCCGAACUGAAACAACAUGCUGAUGGAUCAGAGCAUAAUUCUGUUAAAGAUCCAUUUGGAAUAUCUUGGUCCACUGAUUUUAUCAAGGAGGAUCCUGAAUUGAAUUUGGAAAUUAAUGUCACUGAGGAUAUUGUGGAAACCGCAACAAGAUACAGAUACGAUAGUGCAAGAUUGACUCAGAGUACUGGUGGGAGCUGUGGCAUAUUAUGUGAAGAAACUUAUCACCAUGGGCUAUUCCAGGAUAAGUUGGUGAUAGACAUGAAGACGUCAACACACGAGCUGGGUCCCAAUACAGAAGAUGUGAUUAUUGAUAAGGAGUGCUCAGUUGCUACCCGAUACGACUGUAGUACAAUGAAAACGGAAUUUCAUGUAUAUAGCUGUAAUUUCUGCCGACAAAGCUUUUCUUCCAAAUACAGACUCAUAAUGCAUGUGUUUGUGCACAUUGACGGUACGCAACCACCUUUGUAUGUUUGUAAGUGGUGUGGUGAGGUAUUUCAGAGUAAUGUUUGUUUGAAAAACCAUUUGAGAAUGAGUGAGAAUUCUGUCUUACCUGCUGGCAACCAUGAAAAAUAUGGCUCUAGUGAUCAUCAUCAAAGCAGUAUCUUCUUGGAUAGUGAGCCAGAAGUUUCUGUUACAGAACACAACGAGCAGUCUUCAUAUAAGGAAACUUCGAAAGCUUCAAAGAAGUCCUCUAAUGACAGGCGUUACACACAUGUGAGAAAUGAGAUGGAGAAAUCAAAUGAUUAUGGAGCUUCAUCUACAGCUGUUAAUGUCACUGCCCAGGCUGAUCUACUUACUGCAAACAGAACCCACAAAUGUGAUAUUUGUGGCAAAUUGUUUGCUAGGUCGUGUGAUCUCAAGAGGCAUGCACUGAUACACACCGGGAAAAGACCUCACAAAUGUGAUAUUUGUGGCAAGUCAUUCGCCCAGUUAUGUCAUCUGAAGACUCAUACAUUGAUUCACACUGGAGAGAAACCUCACAAAUGUGAAAUCUGUGGGAAAUCUUUUACUAUGUUAGGUGAUCUCAAGAAACACACGUUAAUUCACACUGGAAAGAAACCUCACAAAUGCGAGAUUUGUGGGAAAUGUUUUACAAUGUUAGGCGAUCUAAAGAAACACACAUUCUUCCACACUGGAGAGAAACCUCACAAAUGUGAGGUUUGUGGGAAAGCUUUUGCUAUGUCAGGCAAUCUCAAGAAACACACAUUAAUUCACACUGGAAAGAAACCUCACAAAUGUGAGAUUUGUGCGAAAUCUUUUGCUAUGUCAGACACUCUCAAUAGGCAUGUAUUAAUUCACACUGGAAAAAAACCUCAUAAAUGUGUUAUCUGUGACAGAAGCUUCACUCAGUUGGGUACUCUCAAGACACAUGCAUUACUCCACUUGAGAAUGAAACAAGUAGGUGUUAGUUUAAGCAAACAGGUAUCCCUGGUUGGUGCUCUCAAGGCCUGUGAAAUAAUGGAUGUAGCAGGGAGACAAUAAAUUUUAAUGACUGUGAAAUAACAGUAGAAUGUGGUAGAAUUGUGAAAAAAUGUGUAAUUAUGUGUACUUUAGAGUGGUAGCAGAUAAAAUGACAGUAUAAAAAUCCAUAUCUGCAGCUUGAAAUGCCAAGAAAUUGUAUUCCUAAAUGUGCCUCAAACGUGAAUCAAAUAUGUUACUGUCAUUAACACUGCUAUUUUUUCCUAUCGAUCUUGAGACAAGAGGAAUCUGAAUUGUGAUAAAUCCUUACUUUUGUCAGUAAUCAUAAGUAGCAUGCAAUAUUCAGUAUAAGGCCAAGGAAAUGUCAUGACCUUCUGAUUAUUAUCCCUAACAUAAUCAUCAUGUAUUACUUGUAACUCUGCAUUUUAGGAACAAUGUCAGCAAUUGGGUACCCAUAUAUUCAUGGCAGUUCCUUCACUCAGACUAGUAAACUUAACACUGGAGAAAUAUGAUUAUGGCAAUUAUUUUACUCGGUUAUGUUUUCUCAAGAGAUUUCCUCUGUGUCAUUAAUAGUGUGUACAUUUGUUCUGUUAGUACUAAUCCUGUAUUAGUAAAUGUAACAACAAAUAUAACAACCUGCUCAAUAGCAUGAUUGUCCACAUUUGGAACACAAUGCGUAGACAGUUCUACAUGAUAGGGACUUGGCAAGUUGUUUACAUGUUUCUGGAAGUAUGUUGCACCAGAUGUUUUAUUAAAUAUUGUUUCAUGUACUUAA